AUGGCAGCUCCCGAGGUUCACCACUUGUUCCACAACCCCAUUGCGGACCACUCGUUUUCGGCCGAGGAUGGCACGCUUGCUGUCGCCCGAGACUCAUAUGUCGAGCUGUAUGGAAGAGUUGGAAAUGCAUUCAAGCUCAAAGAUGAGCUAAAGGGCCAUGACAAGACGGUCACUAGUGUGGAUAUUGCUCCCCACAGCGGUCAUCGAAACGCUUUGGUCUGGGAACCAUCCCCCACAGGGCACAAACCUACUCUUGUCCUUCUCCGAAUCAGUAGAGCUGCUACGUUCGUUCGAUGGUCCCCCUCCGAAACCAAGUUCGCCGUUGGCUCCGGCGAUCGGGUCAUUGCCAUCUGCUACUUCGAAGAGGAGAAUGAUUGGUGGGUGUCCAAGCACCUGAAGAAGCCUAUCCGCAGCACCAUCACGAGUGUUGCAUGGCAUCCAAACUCGGUGCUCCUGGCCGCCGGUUCAACUGAUGCCCACGCUAGAGUCUUCUCUAGCUUUAUCAAAGGAGUUGACGCGAAGCCCGAUCCCAGUGUUUGGGGCGAGAGGCUCCCUUUCAACACCGUUUGUGGAGAGUUCUUAAACAACUCUGCUGGCUGGGUUCACUCUGUUGCAUUCUCCCCAAGCGGUAACAGCCUUGCCUUUGCCGCUCACGACAGUAGCGUUACUAUCGUCUAUCCUUCUGGCCCCGAACAGCCGCCCCGCGCCAUUCUCACCGUCUUGACGCAGCUCUUGCCAUUCAAAAGCUUGAUCUGGAAGAGCGAGGAUGAGAUUAUUGCCGCCGGCUACGAUUGCGAGGCUUUCCGCUUCAAGGGCGGCGAGUCAGGCUGGCAGCUUGCGGGUACUGUUGAGCCCAAGGGCCGUGAUGCCGGAGCUCAGCGUGAGGAGUCAGCCCUCAACAUGUUCAGACAAAUGGAUCUCAAGGGCAAAAUUAAGGACGACACGCAGCUAAAAACCAUCCAUCAAAAUACGAUUACGACCAUCCGUCCUUUUGAGUCUUCUGGCGGCCGAGUCACUAGGUUUAGUUCAAGCGGUGUCGACGGUCGCGUCGUUAUUUGGAAUGCCUAA